UCCUGUUAACCGAGAUAUAAAACAAGUCUCGAUUACUUAGGGGCAGAUGAGAUGUUUGUAAACAGGAUCUUAUCAUCAAGUGUUUUUAGACCAGUAAUAGGUCUAUGUUAUAUAAAUGUUAUAAAACGGAAUUCGACACCCUUCUGUAAUAAAGGUGCUGCGUUUGCAACAAAUUUGAGUCUCUACAAGAACGUGGAAAUGUCGGAUGCUGAGUGGGCCAAGAAAUUAACAGAUGAACAGUAUCAUGUUGCUAGAGAAAAGGGGACAGAAGCGCCAUUUACAGGAAAAUAUUAUGAUCAUUCAGAAAAAGGAAACUAUACAUGUGUUUGUUGUGGUGCAAAUCUCUUUAGUUCCACAACUAAAUAUAAUUCUGGGUCAGGUUGGCCAUCAUUUUAUGAUACAUUGAAGAAUGGUGAUAAUAAGUCUCAUGUAGCAGAACACAGUGAUAAAAGUCAUGGUAUGGUUCGUACAGAAGUUACAUGCACACAGUGUAAUGCUCAUCUUGGUCAUGUAUUCAACGAUGGUCCAAAACCAACUGGUCUCAGAUAUUGUAUAAACAGUGCUUCUUUAGGUUUUAAACCUAAAAUAUAGUAAUACCUAUGUAAAUGAACCGGACUUCAGUAGAUGUGAAAUUAUAGUAUAUUAUGCAAUAAAAUUGUUAAAUAUUUAUUCAGAUUUUCUCAUAGCCAUAUGAUAUUAUUAAAAACUAUGAACUUGUUAAUUUUAAUGUAAUGCAUAUAUUUGUAUUUAAAAAUAUUUUUUAUUGUG